CCCUAAUUAGGCAUUGCGAUCCGAGUGCCACAUGGCCGACGUCGACGCGCUGCAGGCGCGCAUCGCGGUCCUCGAAGCCCACAUCCGCGAGCUCGAGGCAGAGAAGCAUGGCGCUCGGCCCAAGGUAGAGCACAUGAGCAGCGAGGUCAUCGACUCGAAUCCCUACAGCCGGCUCAUGGCGCUCCAGCGCAUGGGCGUCGUCGCCGACUACGAGUCGAUCCGGUCGCUCUCGGUGCUCAUCGUCGGUCUCGGCGGCGUCGGAUCUGUCGCCGCCGAGAUGCUAACGCGCUGCGGCAUCGGGAAGCUCUUGCUCUACGACUACGAUCACGUGGAGCUCGCCAACAUGAACCGCCUCUUCUUCCGGCCGCACCAAGCGGGCAUGACCAAGACGGCCGCGUCCGUGCAGACGCUAUCGGCGAUCAACCCGGACGUGGCCUUUGAAGAGCACACGAUGGACAUUACGACAACCGCCAACUUUGAGCGCCUCCUUCAUCGCAUCACGCACGGUGGCCUCCAUGGCGGGCGCGUCGACCUCGUCUUGAGCUGCGUCGACAACUACGCGGCUCGCAUGUCGAUCAACCAAGCCUGCAACGAGCUCGAUAUGACGUGGAUGGAGAGCGGCGUCUCGGAAGACGCGGUCUCGGGCCACAUCCAGACGCUCCUGCCCGGGCGCACCGCGUGUUUCGAGUGCCUACCGCCCCUCAUCGUCGCGUCCGGCGUGCCCGAGUCGACGCUCAAGCGCGACGGCGUCUGCGCCGCUUCGCUCCCAACGACGAUGGGGCUCAUCGCCGCGCUUCUCGUUCAGAACGCGCUCAAGCUCCUCCUGCGCUUUGGCAGCGUCUCGUACUACCUCGGCUACAGCGCGCUGCGCGAUUUCUUCCCGAUGGACCUUCUGCGGCCCAACCCCGAGUGUGCGAGCGCCGACUGCCGCCGCCAGCAAGCCACGCACGGUCCGUGGUCCCCGUCCAUCGCCGACGUCGUGACGCUUGAUGCGGUGGUGCACGACACCAACGACUGGGGCAUCCAAGUGUGCGAUGGCAGCACCGACACGAGUCUCGAGGCGCCGAUACCGACGCCUUUGGGGCUGAGCUUUGCGUACGAGGCAACUGCUGUGGACGACGCGACACCAAGCGAGUGCGUUCGAGUGGCGCCCGAGACGUCGGUCGAAGCGCUCAUGGCGCAGCUCCAGGCGUUGUAACUGCGUCCAUUUUCGAGUCGACCUUGACCAAGGACACCCAUGUGCUGGCUAUGCCGAUGCCCUACGAUGCCUUCUGUGGAGCGGUCGAGACCGAGAUGUACACCUCGUCGACAACCUGUGCACCAAGCAGACAACAAGUGUAUCCACCCGUCCAUCUCGACACUAAAUGCAAGCUUUAUUGAUGCAGAUGCUACCGUGCAGCAAGCGUAUGCAGUCCUCUGUGC